AUGAAUAUGCAGCAAGUGGUGCAGCCUAGAUCUUCUAAUGGAUAUGGCCGUCGUAAAGUUGAAAGAGAUACUGCAUCUAGGUUUGAUACUAAGUUUCAGACUGGGAAAAUAAAUUCUAGCCGGAUAAGUUUUGGUAAAGGAGGGGGACUUGAAUCACCUUCAGGUGAUCGUCUAAUAUACUUAACUACAUGCCUCAUUGGACAACAAGUCGAAGUUCAUGUGCAAGAUGGAUCUGUUAUUUCUGGAUUAUUUCAUGCGACAAAUGCAGAGGAUUUUGGGAUUGUUCUGAAAAUGGCUCAUGUAAUUAAAGAUGGUUCUCAAGGACAGAAAAAUGAUUUAGAUUGUCCUAGCAAGCCUCCUGCUAGGACUUUUAUUGUGGCAGCUAAGGAUCUUGUACAAGUGAUAGCAAAGGAAGUGUCUAUAUCAAGGGACAUGCUAGCAAAUGAGCUCCAGAAUGAAAGGCAGCAAGAGCUUAUGACAGACUCCUGCAUAUCACGAUCCCGGCACGUAGAGGUGGGGAGAGAAUUGGAGCCGUGGAUCCCUGAUGAAAAUGAUCCUGGAUGUCCGGAGUUGGAAAACAUUUUUUAUGGCCCUUGGAAUAGAGGGUGGGAUCAGUUUGAAGCAAAUGCUGCUUUAUUUGGAGUUAAGAGCACCUUUAAUGAGGAUCUUUACACAACAAAGCUUGAGAGAGGCCCUCAGAUGAGAGAAUUGGAAAGGGAAGCUGCACGGUUAGCUAGAGAAAUUGAGGGUGAGGAAACCCUCGAUCUUCAUUUAGCUGAGGAGAGAGGCAUUCAACUUGAUGAGAAUCUUGAAAUUGAUGAAGAAACUCGGUUCUCCUCAGUCCGCCGGAAAGUCGAUGACAGUGGUUAUGAUGAGGUUGAGAACAUUUUGCUGGAUUCUCGAAAUGAUGAAACAUUUGGAGAUGUAUCCAGUACUAUUAUUGGCAAACCUCCAGUAGAAGCGAUCGUGGUGAAAUCUCAUGAUGAAACAAAAGCAUCAUCUAGAUCGUUAUUGACGGGAGAAAUGCCAACUUCUCUGUUAACUGAUCAGCUUUCUAAUCAGCCGUCGAAUGAUGAAAGCAGGGGUCACAAUAACCAAUCUGUUGGACAUGCAGAAAGCAGUUGCACUGAAGAUAAGGAAAAUUUGGUACAUGAUCAGAGUGGGGCACCAAAUUCUGAGAAUUCAGAUGCAGAGUUGAGAAUAAAGAAUGAAAGCUCUGAUAAAGUUGCACUGUCUCCAAAUGCCACUGCAUUCGAUCCAGCACAUGCAUCGUCCAAAGGUCAGGAAAAGGCAAGCUCUUCUAAUGAGUUCUCAGAGGGUGCAAUGCCGCAAAAAACAGCUGGUUCUCUUGCACGACCUGGUAGUUCCGCCUCAUCUGCAUCCGACCGUGGGGGUCCCACUUCAACUUGUGCUGGCCGAGGAUUGUGCUCAAGUUCGUCUGUUGGUUCAUUCUCCUCAGAGAAGUCGACCUUGAACCCACAUGCUAAGGAAUUUAAGCUGAACCCGAAAGCGAAAAGUUUUGUCCCGUCUCGUGCACCUGUGAGACCUUCUUCUCCAGUAGCUGAUGGCUCCUUCUAUUAUCCAGCUAAUGUGGCACCUGUGACACAGAUGCAUGGAAUGCCUGGUGGUAUUGGGAUUGGACCUUCUUUCACUCCACAACAGGCAGUGGUGUUCAAUCCACAAGCACCAAUGCCACCACCGUAUUAUCAUCCAAACGGACCUCAGUAUGGGCAGCAGAUGAUAAUGGGGCAGCCUCGGCCAGUCUUGUACAUGCAGGCAUAUCCCACUGAAAUGCCAUACAAGGGAAGGGAGUUUUGA